CAGAUUCACCAACCAAUGUGUGUGUAUAUAUAUUUAUAGAGAGAGAGAGAGAGAGAAAGAGAGUGAUAGUGAGAGUGCAAAGGCCAUAGUCCGCAUCUUGUUUCCUCAACUAGCCCAUACUUUUUAUACACAUAGUCCAAUCCUACUUUAGCGAACCCGUUUUUUACUUCCAUUCAGAAAACGUCUUAUAUCUGCCACUAUUUAUAAGGAUUACGCGUAAAAAAGAGCCUUGGGCCUUUACAUUGCCAGGAUGGAUGAUGGGAUUGAGACAACGCUUCUUCGAAAUGAAGAAAAAGAGGAAGGGGACCUAAAACAAAGGAUAUGGUCCGAAUCGAAAAAGACUUGGAGGGUUGCAUUACCAGGAGUCAUAGCAAGGGUUUCUUCAUUCGGAACUGUUGUUGUCACCCAGUCAUUUAUUGGCCAUGUCAGUGACUUAGAUCUCGCUGGCUACGCACUUGUUCAAACACUUAGCAUCCGAUUUAUCAACGGAAUACUUUUGGGAAUGUCAAGUGCAACCGAAACCCUUUGCGGGCAAUCAUUUGGAGCCGGCCAAGACCACAUGAUGGGCAUUCACUUGCAACGAUCAUGGAUCGUUGACUUCAUUACCUUGACCAUUUUUCUCCCGGUCUUGAUCUUCGGUACCCAAAUUUUCAAACUCGUGGGUGAGGAAGAAUCAAUAGCAAACAGUGGUGGAUACAUAUCACUAUGGUUCAUCCCUCAAGCCUAUACCUAUGUUUUUAGCCUGACUAUACAAAUGUAUCUGCAAGCACAGUUAAAAAACAUGAUUGUUGCAUGGCUUUCGGUUUUUCAAUUCGCCAUCCACAUACUCUUGUCACUGCUUUUCGUGUAUAAGUUGAAUUUGGGGGUCUCGGGUGCAAUGCUUGCACUCGUGAUGUCAUCAUGGUCUCUUGUUAUUGGGGAAUUCAUAUAUAUUUUUGGAGGAUGGUGUCCAAAUUCUUGGAAAGGGUUCACUUUUGCUGCCUUUAAGGAUCUGAUGCCUCUUGUGAAGCUCUCAGUAUCCUCUGGUGUGAUGCUCUGCUUGGAGCUAUGGUACAAUGCUGUUCUGGUUUUACUUGCUGGAUACAUGGCAAACGCAGAGGUCGCUAUAUCUGCCUUCUCCAUUUGCCUGAACAUUAGCGUGUGGGAGUUUAUGAUAAUCCUUGGUUUCUUAGGUGCCGCAUGUGUCCGGGUGGCAAAUGAGUUAGGGCGAGGAAAUGCGAAAGCAGUGAAAUUUUCUAUAAAAGUGGUGUUGGGGACUUCGACUGUGAUAGGCGUGUUCUUCUUUGUUCUCUGUUUGGUGUUCCGGAAAAGCCUUGCGUACUUGUUUACGAAUGAUGAAAGAGUUGCGGAUACGAUAUCAGAUCUUUCUUUGCUUCUCUCUUUUUCGGUUCUGUUGAACAGUGUUUACCCCGUACUCUCAGGGGUAGCAAUUGGAGCAGGUAUGCAAACAACUGUAGCAAUCGUUAACCUCGUUUGCUUUUACUUCAUCGGUGUUCCAUUGGGAGCUUUGCUCGGAUAUUUAACGUCUCUUGAAGUUAAGGGUAUAUGGAUUGGAAUGAUGGGAGGUGUUCUAGCUCAAACUAUUACGCUUAUAUAUCUGAUUUGGAGAACGAACUGGGAUGAUGAGGUAAAGACGGCUUCAGAACGUCUCAAGCGAUAUUACGUGAAGUCGGAUGAAAAUUCUUAGCAAAGUUCUAAUUAGGCGUAAGCAAGAAAGGAGCUCACGUGUUUGUUUGUGUUUAACCUGCACCAUGUUAUCUUUACGCAUUUUCUGCUGCUACAUCCACCUCUCGUCGUCAGUGGCGCUCUCAUCUUGUUCGUUAGAUUUUUAUCAUGCCACAUCUUUCGUUUUCUAGCUAAUCUUUAGCUUAAGUAUUUGAAAAACAAUUGUAAUGUAUGCUGUACUAUGAAAUCUACUAGAUUACCUUUAUAUUCAUCUUUGUUUUGUGAGA